AUGGACAACACCACCUCCGCCGUCAUCAACAGCCUCAAGUUUGAUGUAGCCAAGCAAGUCCGAUCUAUGAUCAUCAUACUUGCUGGAUUCAAUGUUGCCAUGGCCUUCGUGCUGGCAGUCAUCAUAUUUCGGAAUGGUUACAAGGCAACCCAAAAGAGCGAUCCAGCCUUCGGAUUUCGUUCAUCCUUCAUCAGAUAUAUUGAGAUAUCAGAAGUGUUCCCAUUCGUCUUAUCCAUUGGCAUAAUAAUCCAGGGCAUCAUCUACGCGGCCAGCCAGAUCAAGGGUCUGGACGGCCUCCUGAUCCUGGGAUGUACGUCCAUCUCACAGGCUAUGUUCCCAGCCCUGUUUGUUGUCCCGUUCGUACAACUAGUCUUCGGGCUCGAAUCGACCGUCCAAGCUCUGAGGCGGAAGCCAUUCCAGCAGCGACCUAGAUGGGUCACUGUCGGUUGUCUCCUCAUUGUUAUUAUUGGCACCCUGCUUCUGUAUGUGCAGACGCGCGUUAUGAGACCUCCCGACCUGUGUUAUGCUUCUCUUUUCUGGUUUGUGCAAACUUGGAGGCUCGAGGCAUUCGCCCUUUUAACGAUCAUCGGCUGCGCCCUGGUCAUCGGAGCCAUCGUCGUGUUUGUUCGACUGCAUCGAGACACAUCAAUUGGCAUUAUCGAAAGGACGGCCGCUUCAAAAAUGGUUUACUACAUGAUUCUGGGCGCCGUGUUGAAUGGAUUAAUGGCUCCCUUCUUCUUCAGCAUUUCGGCCCAAAACCCGCUCGCACUGGCAAGUAUCCAGUUGAACCUCAAUAUGGUCGGCUCGGUGGCAAGCAACGUCUCAGGAAUUACCUUUGGCGUUCUUUAUCUCUUCCUCCGCUCCCGCAAAAUGCAGAAGAUUGGGCCUCUCGGACAUGUCGAGCUUGGCAGUCACAGGAGAGAAAAGUCUAUGGAAUCAUGGCACGGGUCGCAGAUAUUCAACACCCAGAUUGAACAGCCGGUCUCUCCAGUGAAUGUGUUCGAAUCUCGCCGGAGUAUGAGCAUAUUUGGGUCCAAGAUCAGAAAAAGCGAUAGCUCUGCAGCGGCACAUAUCAAGUCUCCCAGCAGCGGAGACGACGCUGACGAUUCGAAUUGGCCCCUUGUUUCCCCAACGCAAGUUGUGACUCGGCCUCGGAAGAAUUCCUACAGUUUGUUCCCGAACCAGCAGGGAGCGCUUGAGAGCAAGCCCAAGGGCGCCACUAUUCUUCCUUCUACGACCUAUACGCCAGAUACGCCGAUGGUAGAUAAGGACCGCAUGUCACUCAUCAACGAGAUGUUUGAGGAGCUUUUGCCGCCGCCCACGAUUCGCGUCUCGGGUGCCCCCAGGCACAAUCGAGAGUCAUCACUGGUCAGCUCUGCGACAGUCCAGAUCGGCUUGAGAGUAUCCAACCUCGAGGACGCGGCGCCAUCCUCGUCAUCGGAUGUGGCCCAGACUGAGCAGUUCCCCAGCGCAGCGAGUUCUCGCCGCAGCAGUGUUGCUACGAGCGUUGGCCGCAGGGAGUCAACAACUGUCGAAGUGAGGUCCGAGGAGCAGCCUAUGACUCUUGCUCCUGCUGUAUACAGUCCCGGAAAAGCCAUAACUUCACAUGAAAAGGAUCGCAGGAGUAUGGACUCCACUCCUUCGACUGCCGGUGCUCAGUCGACUGAUGGCAAAUACUCGGUGGGAACAGCGGACUGGAUCUGA